AUGAAGUCCGCUCUGUGCAGCCGCUUCUUCAUCCUUCUGCCCUGGAUCCUGAUCGUCAUCAUCAUGUUGGACGUGGACCCCCGCAGGCCCGCGCCCCAACUCACUUCCCGCCCCUACUUCUCUCCCCAUACACUGGGCUGUGGGGGCUCCCGAGUCCCGCUUCGACGGAGCAGCCCCGGGCGUGAUGCUGCGGAGAAGCGGAACGAGUCUCGGCCUCAGUUGCAGCCGGAGCCGCGCUUGCCAACCAUCUAUGCCAUCACACCCACCUACAGCCGCCCGGUGCAGAAAGCCGAGCUCACCCGCCUGGCUAACACCUUCCGCCAGGUGGCGCAGUUGCACUGGAUCCUGGUGGAGGACCGCGCCACGCGCAGCGAGCUGGUGAGCAGCUUCCUAGCUCGGGCUGGGCUGCCCAACACGCACCUGCAUGUGCCCACGCCGCGGCGCUACAAGCGACCGUGGCUCCCGCGCGCCACCGAGCAGCGCAACGCGGGCCUUGCCUGGCUGCGCCAGAGGCACCAGCAUCAGAGCGCGCAACCCGGCGUGCUCUUCUUCGCCGACGAUGACAACACCUACAGUCUGGAGCUCUUCCAGGAGAUGAGGACCACCCGCAAGGUUUCUGUCUGGCCUGUGGGACUAGUUGGCGGACGACGCUAUGAACGUCCAUUGGUGAAAAACGGCAAAGUUGUUGGCUGGUACACCGGAUGGAGAGAAGACAGGCCUUUUGCCAUCGACAUGGCUGGAUUUGCCGUGAGUCUGCAAGUCAUCUUGUCCAACCCAAAAGCUGUAUUUAAGCGCCGUGGAUCCCAGCCAGGGAUGCAAGAAUCUGACUUUCUAAAGCAGAUAACAACAGUUGAAGAACUGGAACCAAAAGCUAGCAACUGCACCAAGGUUCUCGUGUGGCACACUCGGACAGAGAAGGUCAAUCUAGCCAAUGAGCCAAAGUACCACCUGGACACGGUGACCAUUGAGGUGUAG